GAAUAUUACAAGCCGAGGUGGAGCCGCCGCAUGUGGCGACUGGGAAGUUGAACGUUGGAAAUUUCUAUCUGAUACUUCGCGUCCCUGAUGCAAGAAUUACAGACGUUGGAAAUUAUUCGUGUUUUGCUCAGUUCAUGGACCAGGGCCCUGUAGUAAACAUCAGUGGUCAGGUGAACCCUCAAACUAUUGACGUCAUAGGUCCGCCGACUGCGCCAACACUGACUAGUCUCCAAUAUCCCAACGGGACCGUAGCUGUAACAUGUAACUCAACCCAUGGUCACCCGCCACCACAGAUACAGUGGUACCAGUUAGAGGAGAAGUUCACUCCUGACAGGGACAUGGUCUCACGAGGCACAGCCUGUUUGCAGGAGAUGAAUGCUUACUGCCUUGUCCCUAGCGUGUCAGAAACGCUAACAGUGGCAGGUAACAUCUCGGCGUUUUAUAGGUGCGAGACAGUUCACUCUACCGGCAGUCUCAGCAGUCCAUCACUGAUCCUACUUGGCCUAUUCGACAUAGGUGAUGUUGACCUAACGCCCGGUCACAGUUCAUUGUGGAAAUACGCAGGGGUAGGUGUUGGGGCGGCGCUUAUCAUCGCGUCCCUCGUAGUGAUGGCUAACUUCGAUCGUGUAAGCAAAAGGUGCAGGAAGAAGGCAGAAAAUACGGAAAGCGACCGUCAGCCAAAAGGUCAAUACAUAGACAAAAGGAGAAGUACGGAAAGCACAGAUGUUUAUGAUAUUGAAAACGAAACUCAGUUGGCGUAACAAGCUGUAAAGAAACAAAACCUUGGGACAAACAGGUCGCCAAAUAGGAGAGAAAGCAGAAGACAAAACCGUUGGCAAUAUUUUACAUCUUUAUUAUUUUUGAGUCGCUAUAAAAUAGUUGUACAUUUGUAUAAAGAUUACAGACUUUUACGUGAAGGUUCCCAUCAUCUUCAUCGACACGAAUCGUGAAGUACAGUAAUAAACAAGUAUUUGACACGCAGACUUCCUCAGUUAACUUGUCAAAGUGUCAGAUUGUGCUGGACAGCGAACCCCCCAAGCUGACCCAGUGUGAGAAACGACAAAGACCAGUGAUCAAAAUUUGACUCAGAGCGGGAAAGAGGACGAUUCGUUCGCCCCCCCCCUGCUACGGGCCAUAAUCGUAGAGUAUUUCUAAUACGUAUCAUUCAGAUUAUCUUUAAUGGUUUACAGUAUUUUAUUGUCUGUACAUAACUUUAAUCGUAGGAUUUUAUGAAGUAAACCAAUGCAAAUAAACACAAAAAUCGGACGUUUGUUUAGUAUAUUUUCUUUAUUUCUUAACUGAGAGAUUGAUGGCGCACCGACGGGCCACUGAGUAAAAAAGCCGAUGCAUAGACGUAAAAGUAAUGAUUGUGAAAGACAAAAGUACAGAAAAACAGUCAUACAACACAUAAAUUCGACAUAGAAAAAAUCCGACAGCACACCACUGUAUAGUAUGCCUCACCAAGAAUGUAUUAAUUGUAUUUAUACACAACACUUUUAAGUGUUAGAAAUUGAAAUUUAAAACUUCCAAGUUAUCUUUGUCUCAUUGUGACUCCAAUGAGACAUUGGUUGAUAAAUCUAUCUACAUGUAUAGUGUGCGGCAGUCGAGGCUAUUUCAGACCUGCCACAUUUGCCCUAUGUUCAGUGGGGAGAUAAGUAUGUAAUAAUAAAUAAUGCUGAGGGUUCAAUCCUCCCAUGCACUUAUUAAUGCAUAUGUUAGGGCACCCCCACAGGCUUCCAUAUUUCCCUAAAGGAGGAGAAGUUAUACACUCUAAGACAAACGAAUGACUAAAUACUCAGUCCUGCACUACAUGUAAGUACCAUGUUGUAUCUAUUUUUAAAGUGCUUUAAUUUUUCGCAGUCGGGGAGGGGGGAUGUUGGAAAGACCUUCCUUUCUAGAUACCAAAGAUGCGUUCACAUAAACGUUUACAUAUUGCAUAAAACAGAAAUAAUAAUGAUAAUAAUAAUAAUAAUAAUAAACAAUAACAACAACAACAACGACAACAAUUGUCGAUAUGUAUCUAGGGCCGUUUGAGCACAAAUCCUUUCAUUCCAGUCAUUGAGUUCGAUUGCCAUAUCUUUCA